CUGGUCGUAAACUUCUUCACUCCUAUCGAUCCGACAGAUCUCAAGCGUCUGUCACUUCCGGCCUCUUAUAUAUCAAUGAGCGCCCGAUCUGUCGAUCAGAAGACACAUGAAGUUCAGGCAUAUCUGCACAUCACUGGAGAGUGUGUUUCAAACAAUGGCAACCAAGUGAUUGAAUGGGAUGUAAGCCAAGUGAAGGGCAAAACAAAUCUAAUUAACGGCAACUUUAAACUCAAAAAGCAGAAACAGUUUCAGGAAAAUAAAGAUUUCCCCGAAUGGGGAACCAUUAAAUUCUUCACCGACUCGAACACCACUUAUGAGGCCAAUGGUUGGGGUGCAAUGCGCACAAAGUUUGUAAAAACGGGUCGACUCGACAAUACUGUGGACAGGAAUUACAGCAAAGUGUCGGACAAUUGGCCGGCCAUUGGGUUCGCGCGGACACUGACCGCCGGCGCCACUCAUACGGCGGCAAACACUGUGUAUUACGGCGUCGCUCACGUCAGACGACCGGCCAUUGAGUACACGGACUCACAUCUGAACCAAUUAUGGGAAAGUUAUUUCAAUGGAGACGACAAACAGAUGAUUGACUUCUUCUAUGAGGACAGAGAAGACGCCCUCCGGAGGGCCACAGCUUUGGACAAACGUAUUGUGACCGACGCUCAGGCGGUCGGCGGCGAGAGUUAUGUGAAGGUUGUGUCCGCAGCCCUCAGACAGGCUUAUGGAGGGUUGGAAACGGUUGGCACAGUUGACAAGCCAUGGAUAAUGUUGAAGGAGAUACCUAGUCGUACGUGUCAGACAGUGGAUGUGCUUUACGCCCACUUUCCCGUCCACUUAUAUCUGAAUCCAACGCUUUUGCAAUACCUUUUGGGGCCAUUGCUUGACUAUCAAGAGAGGGGUUUAUUCCCGAAGAAGUAUAGUUUGCAUAAUUUGGGUAAACAUUACCCCCAAUGCGGGGGACAAGAGGGACACGAUUGGGAUAUGGAGGUGGAGGAAAGCGCCGGUAUGUUGAUCAUGAUGUCAGCCUAUGUCAGGGCAACCAAUGAUACAAAGUUUGCCAAAAAGCACUACAAAAUUGCCAAUCAAUGGACACAGUAUUUGGUCGAUCACGGGUUGAUCACAGGAGAGGCCAGGAAUGCGGACGUCUUUUUAGGUAAUGUUAAAAACUCAACAAACCUUUCGCUUAAAGCCAUUGUAGGUAUCGGAGCGAUGGCACAGUUGGCUGAAGUGACCGGCAAUGAGGCGGACAAACAACAGUACAGACAGACGGCCGAAAAAUACAUCACCGAAUGGAUGCGUUUAGCUGAAGACGCAUCCAAUAAAUACCUGAAAUUGAAUUACAAUACGGACAACACGUGGUCUAUGAUGUAUAACCUAUUCGCCGACGUACUGUUGGACACCAAACUAGUGCCCGAUUGGAUAUACACACAACAGGACGAGUGGUACCAACAGGUGAUGAAUUACUACGGCCUGCCAUUAAGGGGCGAUACGGCAGACACGAGGUUUGAUUGGUCUAUGUUUACGGCGGCCGCCGCUGGAAAUACACGACUUCGGCGAACACUGUUUGAUCGGACGGCCAAAUGGUUGCGGGAAACGCCGUCGCGUCAGCCCUUUACCGACAUCGCGAACACACUUAACGGUGGUUCGCAUUUUCACAACAGCCAAGUGAUUGGCGGUGUAUUCGCCCCUUUAAUUGGGCGCCACAUAUAACUAAUUUUUUU